UGAAGGCCUGGUGGUGUGCGGCGGCGGUGGCGGCGGCGGCGGUGAGGGCGACAAGGAUGGAGUUCCUGAUGCAGCCUCUGCACGGAUCGACUUUCCUUGAAGAGGUUGGGGAGAGUUUGGUGCCGGGACCGGUGGCGGCGGACGGGGUCGAUGCGGAGAUGGUGGUGGAGCAUCCACUGGCAGCGCAGGGGACGGAUGGACAACAGGCGCCGGCUGAGGAGCAGCCGGCAGGUACAAGGGAGGCGCAGAUCUUGAUGGAGACUGAGGCAGCGCAGGAGAGGAGGGACGUGUCACCACCUAGCUCGGAGCUAUCUACAGGGAAGAUGAACCCACGAGCUCCUGGUUGGAAUAAGAGGUUAGUGCAUGGCGUCCAGAUGUACAAGAUUAAAUGAUGAGCCCCUGGGGUGAGCAUGAUCUGAAUAUGUUGUUGUUUUCGACUGGACUGAAAUUGUGUAGUAAAGUAGAAGGUACUGAAAUUACUUGGAGGUUUGAAUGACGAAACAACGGAAUAUCUGAACUAGAACCUGGAUAAUUGAGCAGUAGUUGUUAGAACUGGCAACUCUGGUAUGACAUGAUUUGAUGAGCAGUAGCU